AUAUAGAUAUCUAUGUAUAAUAUGGGUUUCUAAGAGCCAUUGCGAUACAUCCACCGUAAACUGAGCGCAUGGUACCGUGGCUACAAGCUGCUCAGGGCCAAGUGAUAAUAUAUAUUAUAUUAUAUUACAUAGAUAUCUAUGUAUAAUAUGGGUUUCUACGAGCCAUUGCGAUACAUCCACCGUAAACAGCGCAUGGUACUGUGGCUACAAGCUGCUCAGGGCCACACCCCCACCCCCCUCCUUGACCUGCCUUGACACGCCCACCGAAACAGCGCGUUUGGGGGAAGCUCAAUGUGCGACUAGUUCGGAGUGGCUGUAACUCUCCACCACGGCUGAAUUUCGGGGACGUCUUUGAAUACUGUGUUUGUGGCCCACUAAUACCUAUAUUAAAGCAUCCAUAAAAUAGCAUGGCAUGGGAUCUUUAACAGCAGCGACCAUCAUAUCGAGGGACAGGAGGUGGCGUUGAUCUCAGAGCAUCUACUUAGUAAAGUACCAAAGAAUAUGACGAAACAUGGACUACAUCAGUGGAUCAGUGAAUGACGGACAGUCAAUGCUUUUCAGAUCGGAAACGUGAAGCAGGACAGACACAGAGUUUCCAUCAUCCGUUCAUCUGCUUUUGAACUCCGUUGGGACUUAUUUACUUUGUAUAAACUUCUACCACGGGGAACUUUUCUGUGUGCCAGGGGAAUCCAUCAUGCCAAUCACUUUCUCUGACAUACUCGUGGGACUGAGUUGUGCGUCGAUUGGACUUAGUUCCUAUGUCCUUGAAUAACAUCAAAACAUAACGCUCCUUCUAACCUUAAAGGAGACCUACUAGCCUGAAGAACAUUAAACCCGCUUUAUUUCCGUGAAUAUUCAGGGCAUGAUGGCUGAAUAACAUCUGAACAUGUCUGUGGAUUGGGAUCCUUGGUUCGCCUCCUACAUCGCCAUGGAGGUGGUUAUCGCGGUGUUGUCGGUACUCGGGAACGUCCUUGUGGUCUGGGCGGUGAUCCUCAACCGCUCCCUCAGAGACACCACCUUCUGCUUCAUCUUCUCGCUGGCCCUGGCCGACAUCGCAGUGGGCUCUCUUGCCAUCCCGCUCGCCAUCACCAUCAGCAUCGGGUUGCAGACCACCUUCUACAGCUGCCUCGUGGGCACCUGCACCAUGCUGGUGCUGACCCAGAGCUCCAUCCUGGCGCUGCUGGCCAUCGCCAUCGACCGCUACCUGAGGGUCAAGAUACCCAUGAGGAGGACAUCUAUGACAAGGAUGAGUGUGAUGAAAUCCGUUGUACAUUACCAAGGAUUCUCGAGCUACAGGUGGGUGGUGACGCCCCGGCGAGCGAGCACGGCCGUGGGGCUGUGUUGGCUGGUGUCCUUUAUGGUGGGCCUAACACCCUUGCUUGGCUGGAACAAGCUGCAGCACGCCAACGGCACCGUGGGCAGUGGGCCUGAGGCCCAGAUGACCUGUACGUUUGAGAACAUCAUCAGCAUGGACUACAUGGUGUAUUUCAACUUCCUCGGCUGGGUGCUGCCCCCCCUGCUGCUCAUGCUUCUCAUCUACAUAGAGAUAUUCUACAUAAUCCACAAGCAUCUCAACAAGAAGGUAACAGCCAGCCAAGCGGGCCCCAGGCGACGCCAAGACUACGGCAAGGAGCUGAAACUGGUCAAGUCCCUGGCACUGGUUCUGUUCCUCUUCACCGUCAGCUGGCUCCCAGUGCACAUCCUCAACUGCAUCACGUUGUUCUGCCCCAAGUGCGUUGAGCACAAGAAGGGCAUUCGCAUCGCCAUCCUGCUGAGCCACGGCAACUCGGCGGUCAACCCCGUCGUCUACUCUUUCCACAUCAAUAAGUUCCAUACGGCAUUUCGGAAGAUCUGGCAGCAGUACAUCCUGUGCAGGGAUCCGGUGGGCAAGCUGCCUCAGAAAAGUGGUCAGAGUGGCUGGAACCACGCGGUGAGGCGCAGGCACAACAGCAAGGAUGCCCAUGAGUUUUGAUCCGGAGUUCAUUGGUUUGAGUUGGGGCCUCAGGACACACAUCGGCCAGGAUUCAUUACAUAAUCAAUUCAGAAUUGUAUGAAUUCUGGGGUUCAAACAUUGCCUUGUUAUGUGGCGAUAUCAGCAGAACAAUCACUGGGUCCUUCAUGGAGAUAGACACAGACUCUAAUAAAAGAGACUUCUGUUUUUCCGUCCAUAGAAUUAAGGACUACAAAUAUGGAGGCCAAAUGGAGAUCCGGAAUUAGCCAACAUAAUCAUCUUCAUUCAUCUGUCUUAAAUGAGAAAUUAUGUCAUAUGGGGUAAGGGGCUUCACACAAUCUCCAACAGGAAUCUCUAACAAUGUGCUUGCAGUAUAUCAUAGUAUUUACAUGCCCUCAAUAUCUUUCUGCCUUUUCUGAAUGACCUUGCUUGAAUCUCAUUAGGAGAGAAAAAUUCAGUUUGCUGUGCUAUAGUGCUUUAGUAUACAUUUUUUUAUAGUCUUUAAUACUAGCUCUGAGGCAAGUAAAAUAAGUCAUAGUUUAACAGGAGAGUAAACAUAUUGUGAAGAUAUUGUUUGCUACCUUUGAGUACUAAUAUAGAUAUAGGCCAGUAAGACUUUGGCCAUAGCUGUGAGCUAAUUAAGGCUAUGACACGGGUAAGGCUGUGAUAAUCGGUACAACAGACAACUGUGAUGUGAAGAAAAAAAUAGAGGAUAAUAUGACACUUAACAUGCACUUUCUUUUUUAAUAAAGGUGAUCUCAAAAUGAAACCUUGCAGACAAAUAGAGAAAUUACUACUGAAACUAGAGUAUUAUGGUGUGCGGUUUCAAAAGUUCCACUAACAAAUGUUAAUUUAUUCAUACAAUAGAAUAUACCUAAAAUAGUCAUGAUAAAUCUGAAAACAAUAAAUUAUUAUAUACCAUCUAUAAAUGUUAAUACUAGAUAUAAAAUACUUUACAGUCACAUGCUCAAAUAAGCAUUAGCUUAUUGUGCUAUAAUAGUUAUUUAGCUUUCUACCAACAGGUCCUUUGUCUAUGUUUCUUCAUAGAAUAAAUUAUGUACCCAUAUGUAAUUUACGUACCCAUAUGCACGCACACACAUACAAACAUUGGAGAUGGGAACCAUCUCCAACCUCAGUAUCUUCUUGAGGUUUUAAGACAUUAUUGUUCUGUCUCAAGCUGUCCAUCUAUAUAGCAGUGAUGUGCAAAGUCAAAAAUACUGUACAAUUUAUCUGUAUUAUCAACAUGGACUACCUGGUGCUACAAGUAAAAUAGCGUAACUUUACAUUGGAGCAUAUCAGGCCUAUUGACUAUCUGCAUAUGUGUGUGCUUUCAUAUGUGUGUAUGGUUUUGUGAGUUCAUGUUUGGGUAUGCACAAAGAGAUGAUUGCAAAACUAGGUGUAACCGAAAUGUUAUGUUAAGUCAGGAUGAAACACAUUUGUUGUGUAAAAAUGACCACAAUAAAUGCUACUUUUCUAUGUAGUAUUGUUGCUCAAAAGCACAUGUGUAAUUGAGGUGACCUACACAGGGACUUUUUGUCUAGGGUUGAAUGAUCAAGGCUUUUUUGUAACUGCACAGAGUAACAACAGAACCUGAGUUGGAAAGAACACAUAAACAGUCUUCAAUCCCGAGUUAUUGUGUGGCUCUCCCAACAUGCCCUUCGGCCAAUCAGAAUGCUCUAAACUACGGGCCAUUCCCGUUCUCCAUUAACAUUUAUCUUCCCGCUCAUGGUUUCCACAAUACAUUCUAUACAGUAUUUCUAGCAUUACAUACAAAGGGUUACAUUAUAAAUUAUAGUUACAUGAAUUUACAUAUUACCAAUUACAGUUAUAUGAAGUGAGGUCUUUGAUUAAAAUCCAUUAAUCGCCUUGGUCAUUGACUACAGAGGGAUGUCUGUCUGAGUGUUCGCCAGUCAACCAAGGACCCUCUGAGGUGUUAUGAAUGACAAAGGGACAGGGCCCUUCUCUCUCUACCAAUAUUGCAACAAUUUGGCUGAGAAGCAUCCAAUAUUUUCUACCAUAAGAGCUACACACACCAUGCAGACAGCUUCCUGAUGUACAGGUCAGUGAGGGUCUAACAAGUCCCAUAUUAUUUGAUGAACUUGGGGCAAUCAUAGAAAGACAAUCCAACUUCAAUCUUCAAAUCAGACUUAUUUUACCUUUAUACUCUGAUACCCUGAUAGGCAAGACUGAAUCUGAGUC